AUGCUAGCCUGCAAAAUAAACUUGUUGGAUUUGCUCCUUGCUGAUUUCUCCCAUGGAGCAGAAGUUUUCCCGCUGUCUUCUUCCGGGGUGUGUGUUCGAGUUGCAGCCUUGCAACUUCUGAACCCAGGCGAGGUCGGCCAACCCCACCGCCUGCCGCUCUCCGGCGCCGGUUACCCCGCCAAUCCCCGCCUCGGCCGGUCAGGGGAGCCCCUUCCUUCGCCACGCAGCCCGGCUCCCUCGCCGCUCCCGCCGCCUUGUCGUUUCUCGCCCCGGCUCGUCCAUCGUCGGCGAGGCGCAUGCGCUCCGCUCCUCCUAACGGUACCGAAAGGAUUUAUUGCCAAACCCUGUGCUGUACGUUUUGACAUUCAAGACAGUGGACCUCGCAGAGCUCAACCCAAUGCAAUUUUAGAAAAAGUGUUUACAUCCAUCACUAAAUGUCCAGAUGCAAGACGGUUAGAAGGUUUGUCAAAACAGCUAGAUUGGGAUGUCCGAAAAAUCCAGCGCUGGUUUCGUCACCGGAGGAACCAGGAUAAACCAAGCACCCUUACAAAGUUCUGUGAGAGCAUGUGGAGGCUUAUAUUUCAUUUAGGUAUUUUUAUAUAUGGACUCAGAUUUCUUUGGUCGUCGCCCUGGUUUUGGGAUACACGACAAUGCUGGCAUAACUAUCCUUAUCAGCCCAUAACUUCUGGCAUUUACUAUUAUUAUAUCAUCGAACUGGCCUAUUACUCGUCUCUUAUGUUUUCACAGUUUAUUGAUAUUAAGCGAAAGGAUUUCCUCAUCAUGUUUGUCCAUCAUGUGGCUACCACUGCACUCAUUACCUUCUCCUACAUAAACCACAUGGUGCGAGUAGGAACUUUGGUCCUCUGUAUCCAUGAUUCAUCAGAUGCAUUAUUAGAAAUUGCAAAAUUGUCCAACUAUGCGAAAUAUCAGCGACUCUGUGAUACCGCCUUCAUAUUAUUUGGUGUUAUGUUUAUUAUUACCCGUUUGGGGAUUUAUCCUAUCUGGAUACUGAAUACUACCCUGUUUGAAAGCUGGGAAAUAGUUGGCCCCUACCCAUCCUGGUGGCUAUUUAAUGGCCUUCUCUUAGUUGUGCAAGUAUUACAUAUCAUCUGGUCCUGUUUCAUCAUUCGCAUUGCCUACAAAGCUGUGGCACGAGGAAAGGUAUUAAAAGAUGAGCGCAGUGAUGUGGAGAGCAGCUCUGAAGAUGAUGAUGUGACUUCAAACAACAGAAAAGGAAUUCUUAAUACUUCAAGCAACGAUCGCAGUCGGAUAAAUGGCCAUGUAAUUAGUGAUCAGUGGGUAGAAGAGUAAGAACAGGACAGCUGCCCCCACCCCAAAGAUUUGAGUUCAGAUGUCUAGAAAUGUCCACAGUUCCAAGAAAUCUUUAAUCAACUGCCACAUUCCCAAAUCCUCCAGCAAAUCUGAAACAGGCACAGCACAGCAGUUUUGCACAGAAUGGAGGAAGCUGAUUACUAGUGCAAAACCUCUUUCUACUUUAUCUUUUUAAAGAAAAUAAGCCAUUUUGUAUUUAAUGUUUGUUGAAAUGUGUAAGAGAUGGAAGGAGGGAAAGGAGCAGGCUUCAGAACAUUUUUGGGGGGAGGUUAAGCUUGGUCUCCAAUAGGUUCUGUCUGCUUUACUGCAUUCCAGGAUUUUGGACAAUAAUCUAGUCACUUCAUAUUUCUUGCAGCACCUACCUGUGUCCUAAGGAGGCUAAAGUGAGCUACAACUGAACAUAAACAACCUGGGGAUUGUGGUAGAGAUAGAGUGAAUGGUUUGCUUAUUAGUGCAUGGCAUACCAAUGGCAAAUAAUGUUGUUUUUUCUUAUGUCAUCUUACUGGGUGUUAAGGAAGAUUAAGCUGUCAUUUAUUACUUUUCUUGAUUGGUGCAGCAUCUCCAAAGUCUUGUAAUUUCCUAUAAUGUCCUGCUUUUCUUACAAACUCUGGAUUUGAGGUCAUGUAAGAAUUACCAAACAAGAUGAUAGCUUUCAGUGCUAGGAUUAUAGGUAGGGAUGACCAGUGUUUGUUGCUGAUCGCUCGUACAGGGAAGUUGUGAACCUACCCAUGUUUUCAGAAGAAAAGUGAUGUCCUGGACCAACCUCAAUCUUGUGUGACACUGCAGUGGCUGCCACACAGGGACUGAAUGGGUCUCCUCCCUCCACUUGCCUUUUAUUUAAUGGUACUUCAAAGGAGAUGGAAGAUGGGGAAGUGUUGUUAGGACUUGGGCUUUGGAAAUCCCCUGGAUUAUUAACAUUUUAUAUCAUUGUUUACUCUGUGAUUAAAAAAUGCUUGAUGAAUAGGA